AUGCAGUUCAAGUGUUUGAUAAAAUGUCUGAGAAAGGGCUUCGUGCGGAUACUAUCAUUUACAAUUCUAUGAUUCAUGGAUACUGCAAACUAGGAAUGUGGGAAGAAGUUGCAAAGAUGAUCCAGAAAAUGGCAAGAGAAGGGCUUUCACCGGAUGUUUAUACUUAUAGCAUUUUGAUUGAUAGUUUGUGCAAAGUCAAGAAGGUGAAUGAAGCGAUUCAAGUGUUCGAAUCCAUGUUGGAUCGAGGUAUCAAGCCCAGUUUGCAUACAUAUAGCCCGCUUUUGGCUGGUCUUUUUACGGUCAACAGGUCAAAGGAUGUCGUUGAGUUAUUUGAAUCAUUGAGGCAUGGAAACCUUCGGCUUAAUGCUGUUAUCUACAACACAAUGAUCGCCGGCUAUUUCAAGCAUGGAGAAACUAAGGAAGCAUUGAAGCUCUUAAGAGAAAUGAUUCAUGAAGGAUUGAAACCUAACGAGUUUACUUACACCACUCUUAUUCAUUUUGUAAGCCAAUCAGGAGAUCUACAGGUUGCGCAAGAAAUCUUUGAUUCAGCAUACAAGUCUGGUCAGUCUCCUGACAUAUAUUCAUACGCUGCCCUCCUUAACGGUUUGAUAAUAAAUGGGAAACUGGAAGAAGCACGGAAAAAAUUUGAUGAAAUUAUAGGUAUGGGUUUGGUGCCCGAUGUUGUAACCUACAACACGAUGCUCCAUGGCCUAUGCAAAAGGUGAUGAGAUUGAAGAUGCAGUCCAUCUUCUUGAGAGCAUGCUUGAGAGGAACUUCUCUCCCAAUAAAGCUGUCAAGUCCAAGUUAAG